AUGGAUGAUAACAAAGACAACAAUAAUGAAACACAACAACAACAACAUGUUGGAUUGAUGUCAUUGAUCAGUAGAGUACUGGCCAGCAAGUAUAUUAGAUCAGAGUUAUCUAGACAUGUGUCACUGAUUCACAAACAGUUGGAUAUCACCAAUGUAUUCCAUUCAUCAGAUAUAUCAUCACUAUAUCAAUGUAUACAAUGUGGAGAUACUACCAAGUUCAUCCAUCACUGUGAUCAAUUGGACAUCACCAUCCAUUCACCUCAAAUGUUGUUGGAAACGAUGACUGAAUCAUUCAAACUUGCAGUUCACAAACAGAAUGUAAUAUUAGUUAAUUAUAUCAUUGAACGAUUCAGAAAUGGCAGUGGCACCUCGAGUAUCCAAUUCAUCAAGCAUGUCAAGGACUCAUUAAUGUCAAAUAUAGAGUACUCUCAUAUACCAGCCAUCAGGUUUAGUCGUCCCAUGAUACAUACUCUGAUGGCCUACAUACCAGAAGCAGCUCCAUCCAAUCUAGUUACACUUCUGUUGAGGUCAGCUCUAAGGGAUCACCAAGACUUUGACCUGUGCAUUGAGAUCUCCUCAAUGGUGCACCCACACAACCGACCACCAAUCGAACAGUAUAUCUUUGUCGGACAUCAAAUGGCGACCGCCAGUGCAUUAUUCCUCAGCAAUCAAUCAAGAAUCAUCGAUGACUUUGAGCGAUACCUAGUGUCACACCAGCAACCUCUUGGAGGAUACUUAAUCAAACCGACUCAUCUGAUCAACUUCACACUCAAUCACCGACUGUUUGAUCUCCUCCUGGUCAUUGCCAGUCACAUUGGUGGUACUUCUCAACCAAGCAACCCUAUGGGGCUCACACCAUCAACACAUCCAAUGAGCAUGGACACUCUUGCAGCUCUCGUGCGAGUUGAUCGACUUAUAUUCAAUCGAUUGGCAAUGUUUGGUGAUAUCACCUUUAUGAAGCAUUCCCAAGAUCACUUGCGAUCAUACAUCGAUGUCCACGGACCACUACUUCACCUUUUUGACAACACAAUGUUGCAGUGCGCCUUGUCCGGAGGCCACUAUGACUGCGCGCUCUACAUCCUGGACAACAUCACUCAGUUCCUUCCAAGGCGAUCAAUCGAUGAUCGCCAUAAAUGGAUUGUGACAGGCAUCAACAUGAUGCAGGAGGGUGAUACAGUACCAGAUCAUGUGGACUGGUUGGGACUAAUCGAACGGCUGAUCAAUGAUCGAUCAGUGGAUCAUGAUUUCAAGAAUCUAUUCACAGAUGCUAUCAGAGCCAAACGAAUGGAUGUGAUUGAUCGACUUGAAGGACUGAUCAAAUCCAAUCCAUUGAAUGUUAUUGACAUUGAUCAAGCACUCAAUGCUGCCCUCCAGAUACAAUAUAUUGAUGGUAUCAAUGCAAUAAUAGUCAAUCAUCAUGGUCGUGUAUUCAAAGGGAUCAAAAUGGAAUACAUUGAUCAAUGUUCAUAUGACAUACAAGAGAUGUUCCUGGCCAAGGUGCCACCAGGCAACAUAACAUUUGACACCAACAAGGUCACAAACAUGGAGGCGAGCACAAUACGAAUGUUCAUCAAACAUCGUCAUCAUCGUGAUCCACAAUGUUUGAAGGCCCUGCUGAGGUGUGCCGAACAACUUGGACACAGGGAGCUGAUGGCCAGCUUGGAUGCCAAGAGUGUACUUCAGAGUGAUCCCUGGUCACCAGACCCCAAUGCACCAUUCUCAAGCACAAAUGAGCAAGAAAUUAUGUUGUACUCUUUGUACUACGCAAAACGAAGAUGGAUGGUUGACACCAUGUUGGCAUCACCAAAGCACUUGAGCAGACCCGAUCUUUGGAAUAGAGAGCCGGCAGUUAAUGGAAUGCUCUUGGGAUCAGACGUCCUUGCCUUCCUCAAUCUGAUGCCACUACAACGAUAUGAAAGACCGGAAUCAAUCCGUUCGUUGCAAUAUCGUGAAGACAUCAGUCGUUUGGACAAAGAUGACAUUGAAUUCGUUUGGAAACGAAUGGCCGACACACUCAAACGUGAUCAACAUUUCAUUAACAAGGUAUUGACAUCCAUUGCCGCCAUCAACAACAUUAUGAUGUAUGAAUAUGUGCUGGAUUAUUUGAUCGAGGACAAUCACUUCCCUGUACCAUUCAUCCAAGUGCCAGCAAUCGGUCAAAUAACCUUCAAUAUCAAACAAUAUCGAAGAUAUUCAUCUACUCGAUUGAUUGUCGAGCUGUUCAAUCCAACCAACUACACUCAAUCUUCAUCAUCAACAAUAAGUCAAUAUCAACGACUCCUCAUCCCACUCAAGAAAGAUGAGUACAGAAUAUAUCAAUCAUUGUUGACCAACCUUGGAGUCUUUGAUCCAUCCAACAGUCAAUGUUAUAUAAUCAAUCAACAGCAACAUCAACAACAAGAGCAGUCCAUCAUCCCC